AUGCAGUUGAGGGGUUCGAAAGAAUUGUGCACACGAAUUGUGUUGACCAGGUUGUCGAGCGGAGCGGAGUACAAGGAUCUCCUGCUAGUCAAUCUUCUCACCAAUCGUUUGGACCCGGUGACCCGCCGAGUUUGCGAGGAGUUUUCAUCCACGAAGGAGCAGGAUACUUUGGAGGAUCUGACGGAGUUUCUGCAGCGAAGGAUUCGUGUUCUCGAGUCGCUUCCAACGAAGGCGGCUGAGUCUAGGGGUGCUCAAUCGUGGCAGCAACAACCUCAGAGGCAGAGGCAGUCCACAGCGAAGACCAGUUACAGCACGAUGCAGUCAUCGUCAGGAGCACGAUGUGUGGCAUGUAAGGAGAGCCACUACCUCCAUCAAUGUGGCGUGUUCCAACGGAUGUCGGUGACUGACAGAGAUGCCCUGCUGAAAACCCACUUCCUCUGCAGGAAUUGUUUCCGAGUGGGUCAUUUGUCCAAGGAGUGCCAGUCCAAGUUCAAUUGCAAGAAUUGUAAGGGUCGUCACCACACUUUGGUGUGUUUCAGGUCGGAGAAGGAUAGUUCUGCAAAGGUCGCAGCGGUUGCUAGGGGCAACCAUCCUUCAAUCCCAAAGGAGUCCUCCGGAGUCAACGAAGCUUCUGGUUCGGGUUCCUCUCAGGUGGUCAAUAUGACGGCCACCGACAUUUCGGUUUCUGGUGCGGCUCAACAAUAUUCUUCGCAAGUUUUGCUGGCAACUGCGGUCAUCGUCGUGGAAGAUGAUCAAGGUGGAAGGUUUCCUGCUCGCGCUUUACUGGAUUCGGGCUCAGAGAGCAACUUCAUCACGGAGCGACUGAGUCAACGGAUGAAGACCCAAAGAGAAAAGGUGGAUAUAUCGGUGCGAGGAAUCGGUCAAGCAGGAACCAAGGUCAAAUACAAAAUACAAGCGGUGGUGCGGUCGCGAGUGUCUCCUUUCUCGCAAGCAAUGGACUUUCUCGUUCUUCCCAACGUAACGGUGAAUCUGCCAACUGCUACAAUGCGCACGGAAGGUUGGUCGAUACCCCCAGGAAACAAACUGGCAGAUCCCGCUUUCUUCGAGUCCAGUAGACUGGACUUGGUACUCGGUAUCGAAUCAUUUUUCGAUUUCUUCGAAACCGGUCAAAGAAUUAACCUAGGCAACCAAUUGCCGACGCUGAACGAAUCGGUUUUCGGAUGGGUGGUGUGUGGAGGUUUAUCCAAUUCACAUCAGGAUCUGCACAUUACCUGCAACGCUUCCGCAACAGAGAAACUAGAAUCUCUAGUUGCCAGGUUCUGGUCUAGCGAAGAGGUUGGUUCGGUCAAGGUACUCUCACAGGAGGAAAAACGAUGUGAGGACCUAUUCCAAAAUACAGUCCAACGGAAUCCCGAUGGCAGGUACACGGUUACACUCCCGAAGGAGGAAGGCGCUAUUCAACGGUUGGGCGAAUCCAAGGACAUUGCGAUCCGGCGUCUUCAAGGUACGGAGCGACGGCUGGCGAGAAAUGCCAACUUGCACAAAAGCUACCACAAUUUCAUGGAGGAAUACGAGUCGAUGGGGCACAUGGAGAAGGUCGAAGGGGCGGCCUUAACAACAAAACAGCGGUGUUUUCUACCGCAUCAUCCCGUUUUCAAGGAGGACAGCACUACUACUAAGGUCAGGGUGGUGUUCGAUGCCUCUUGCUCAACAUCGUCCGGCGUAUCGCUCAACGACGUGCUGCUGACUGGACCGGUAAUACAGGAUGAUCUCAGAUCAAUCAUUAUGCGAAGCCGUACCAAGCGAGUCAUGCUCGUUUCUGACGUUGAGAAGAUGUUUCGGCAGAUUUGGGUUAACCUGGAGGAUAGGGCUUUGCAGUGUAUCCUGUGGUGCUCAGAUUCUGAAGACAGCAGCAGUGUAUAUGAAUUGAAGACCGUUACGUACGCUUGCGGUGGAUGGAGAAAUAUCAUAUCCCUCGGAUCACGUGCGGCGAGUGAAGACACCUAUAUGGAUGAUGUUAUCACGGGAGCAGACACGGUGGAAGAAACCUGUGAGUUGCGGAAACAGCUGAGUGAUAUGAUGGAAGAAGGCGGUUUUAGACUCAGAAAAAAGUUUAGCGAUUCAAGCGGGGACGGAAUCAUCUUGGACCCGGAUCCGUCCAUCAAAACCCUCGGGCUUAUCUGGAUGCCGAAGAGUGAUCAGCUGAAAUUCAGCUUCAACAUUCCUCCGGUGCGACCAAGGCAGCAGUACAGUAAAAGGGAGGUACUCUCGAUUAUAGCUACGCUAUUCGACCCUUUGGGGUUACUCGGAGCCGCAAUCACAUCUGCUAAAAUUGUGAUGCAGCUGCUGUGGAAAUAUAGGGACGACGACGAUCGUGCGCUGGACUGGGACCAGCCCAUACCUUCGACGGUGUAUUUUUGGACAGACUCUACCUGUGUCCUGCGUUGGAUCAAGGCCUUACCGACAACCUGGACUACGUACAGUGCUAAUCGAGUGUCAAAAAUCCAGACGCUCACAAAUCCAGAACAGUGGAGGCACGUUCCAGGAAUAGAAAAUCCGGCCGAUCUUAUUUCGAGAGGCCUCAUGCCGCAAGAGAUCAUGCACAACGAUUUCUGGUGGCAUGGACCGAGAUGGCUGGAGAAGCAACCCGAAAAUUGGCCAGAAUCUUCAGAGCUAUCAAGCGGAGCUGAAGCGGAGAAGGAAAAGAGACAUACAGCUGUCGCAUGUAUGAACUCAUCAGUCGAGGAGUUUAACGAAUGGUACCUAGGACGAUCCUCAUCGUACAUCGAGCUCGUCAGGCGAACUGCCUAUUGGUUACGGUACCUGAAUCUGCUGCGAACACCACGAGAUCAUAGGAAUCCACCGAAGUUCCUCACAACAGCGGAGCUGAAGGGAGCAGAAAUCAACUUGGUAUGGAGAGUUCAGCAGGAAUUUUUCGUGGAGGAAUGGAAGGCACUGUCCAAAGGAGACUCUGUUCCGAGUAGGUCGCCACUGCGUUGGUUUAGCCCGUACAUAUCAGAGGAUCAGGUUAUUAGAGUAGGAGGACGACUAGCGCAUUCGAAAGAGACAGAGGAUACGAAGCACCCGAUGGUUUUACCAGCACGCCAUCAGCUUACAAGGCUGAUUCUACGUUAUUUCCAUGAAAAAUUACUGCAUGCGGGGCCGCAGUUAUUAUUGGCUACUGUUCGAUUACGUUUCUGGCCGCUUGGAGGAAGAAGCGUGGUUCGAAGCGUAGUACAUCAAUGCAUGAAGUGCUUUCGGGCGAAGCCAUCAUCAAUCGAGCAGUUUAUGGGAGAGCUGCCAGCGCCACGUGUUACCGUAUCCCGACCGUUUUCUCAGACCGGCGUAGAUUAUUGUGGGCCAUUUUUUGUCCGGCCAGCACCUCGCCGCCCAGUGGUAAAAAUGUAUGUCGCUGUGUUCAUUUGCUUGUGUACCAAGGCGGUGCAUCUCGAACUUGUUUCGGACCUGACUACUGACAGGUUCAUCCAAGCCCUGCGUCGAUUCUCGGCCAGAAGAGGAAAAUGCGAAGAUUUGUACUCCGACAAUGGCACAAACUUCGUUGGAGCGCGGAACAAGUUGAAGGAAUUGGACGAGCUACGAGACACUGCUCGGAACAAGGGACACGAUGGCAUUUUAACCCGCCGAGUGCUCCUCAUUUUGGAGGCCUAUGGGAGGCCGCGGUACGGUCCGCCAAGAUUCAUCUUGUGA